AUGUAUGCUGCGCCAAACAGAUGGAAGUUUUUUAUAUCUGUGAUGAGUAUAAUAGAUGUCGUUGCAAUAUUACCUUUUUAUAUUGGCUUAUUGAUGCCAGACAACAAAAGCGUUUCUGGUGUAUUUACAACGUUACGAGUAUUUCGAGUAUUUCGAGUGUUCAAAUUUUCUCGUCACAGUGUUGGUUUACGAAUACUCGGCUACACUUUGAAGUCAUGUGCAUCAGAACUGGGCUUUCUUCUAUUUAGUCUAACAAUGGUUAUUAUUAUUUUUGCUACUGUUAUGUAUUAUGCUGAAAAAUCGGUUGAAGGGACCACUUUUUCCAGUAUUCCAUCAUCAUUUUGGUAUACUAUCGUCACUAUGACUACACUUGGUUAUGGAGAUAUGGUUCCAGAGACAAUAGUUGGAAAAAUUGUUGGUGGUAUGUGUUCACUUUCUGGAGUGCUUGUAAUUGCUUUACCUGUUCCCGUUAUUGUAUCAAACUUCUCUCGUAUUUAUAAUCAAAGUCAAAGAUCUGAUAAAAGACAGGCACAAAAACGUGCCAGACAGGCAAGAAUAAGAUUAGCUCAACUCAUGGCAACUGUUAAUGCUUGUGCAGAAAAAUCCGGAAGUCCAGAGCCGUCAGUUGAUGAAGAUUACGAUGGUGAUAAUGAAACAAAGAAAUCCGCCUAUUUCGAAGUCAAAACAACCACAUCAUACUCAUCUACUUCACCCGCGUCACUAAUAAAUGCUAAUCAGUCAACAGGUAAAGAUCUAAGUUAUGAUACAUCAAAAAAUUCAACAGGCAGUGAUCUGACAAUCAGUCAUCAUUCAAAUUUAACUCGAAGUGGCUCAUUAACCUUAUUAAAAAAUAAAAAAAGGAAUCUUGUUAAUGAAUCAUGCGUUAAAACAGAUUAUUCAGAAUUAGAUAAUAUGAAUCAACAGUUUGAACAUAAUCUUUCAACAUCUAAUCAAUCAGUCUCUGGAAAAGACAAACUAUAUGAAACAAAUAAUUUAUCAGGGAGGAAUAACCAUCAUUUAGUAAGACAAACGCGCGGUAAAGUCUUGCAUUCUUCUAGUCUCAAAUUAAGUAAUAAACGCAAGAUAGUAGAUCGUACAUUAUCUCUUAAUGAUGGGCUGCAAAGUCAACAAAGAAAAGAUCAAAGAAUAAGUGUUGAAGACAAGAAUAACAAACCGUCAUUCCUACCUAUAUAUAUUUACCCAGCUAGCCAAAGCAGUUUCUCAGAUUCAAGCAUGGAUAAACAAAAACACUCAAAUGAGCAGCAGAAACAUACAACAAAAAGUAAAAAAAACAAUAAAUGUAAGAGUUCUCACAAAGCCAAACUAACAUUUGAAGAUCUCAUACUGUUACAGCAAAAGCAUUUAAUGGAUUGUUUGAAUGUGGUGACGGCGAGAGCAACAAUCAAUGAACAAAGAGAAUCAAACAGUCAUUUACAUGUUAAUAAUCCUUUAAUUAGUGCACUGGAACAUGGAAACUUUAAGCAUCAUAGACGUCUAACAAGUGAAUCUAUUUCGAAAAUCUCCCGUUUAUUGAGGGUAAGACAGUCUAUAUCAAAAGAUUUGUAUGAAAAUAGAAGAUCUACAAGUAAUCUUAAAGACUGUGAUAAUACCAAAAAUAAUAAUGCUGGGGUUGGAUGUAGUGACCAUAUUUCAAAUGUUGAUAAAAUAACUGAAAGCCAAUCUGCCGUUCAUCGUCGUGAGUCUAAUCCUUUUCGUCAUUUGCAAGUCUUCCGUCUACAUGGUUCACGGAGUCAGCAUGCAUCAGAUCGUCGAUGUUCAGCAAUCCAUUUAACGACAUUUUCUAAACGAAAAUUAAAUCUUCAUAAAUUCAAACAUAACCAUGGUUAUCGUAAUUUUUAUAAAAAAAUAAACUGUUCCACAAAUUCUGAAACUGAUGAUAAUCAUAAUAAUAAAAAAAUAGUGAAUAUGAAAGUCGUAAGUUCUUCACAAAUACCAGACAAAGCUGACAUAAUGGACAUAGAUGCGCAUUCUCAUAAUGAUAAUUCUAAUGUAGAUAACUCAGUCUAUCCUUCCUAUAGUGAAACAAAACCGUUGUUAGAUAAUUCAAGGUUAACUUAUAGUGAUGAACUUGGCUUGAGCGAUUUGGUAAACGAAAAAUCGUUUCUUACAAGGGAUCCAGGUUUCGCAUCAAGUCCCACUUGGCCAUCUUUUAGAUUUCCAUCAAAUUCGUUCCAAUCCAAAUCCAACUUCAAUUUUACUGAUAAGUCAUCCAAUAAUUAUGGGAAGUCAAUUAAUCCGUUUGACAGUGAUAGUUGGUCUAAUGAGCAUAAUCUAGUUAAUACAGCUGCCUUGCCUAAAUCGUCCUUCAGUGCUGCGGUUUAUCCGGACUCUGUGAUAUUUUGUACAAGUUUCAAUACAAAAGCAAAUGUUUCAUCUCAGUCGUCAUUUGUGCAAUCCAACCCAAUGUGUUCGUCGUUGGAAGAUGAAAAUCUAACCGAGUUUGCUAGUGCACAGUCACAUAUUUCAAUCACAUCAACAUCACAUCCGAACAGUUCGUCAGAUAAUACAACCAAUAAUUUUAUUAAUAAAAUAAUUACCCACUCUCAAAACUGUCCAAAAUUAUCGUUUCCUAUUGAUAAAAGUUUGUAUAAAAGUCAUAUUAGUUAUGCAAAAUUAAGUCCCAGACUUUCAUAUUCAUUUCCCCAUGAAUUAUAUCGCAAUGUUUCUCCAGAUUUGAUAAAACAAUGCGACAAUCAACUUAAAAAUUCUCCCUCAAAACUCGUUAAAUCGAAUACUGAGAAUUUGACUGAUAUACAUUCAACAAAAGGAGUAAUUAGGUAUUUGGAAAAUCGUUACAGCUGA